ACUUUUUUUUCUCUCUUCCACAUCUGUACCAGAAAAAAAAAUUCCAUUAUGACCAACUUUGUUGUCGAAACCGCUACUCCCAAAGGCUUCAAGUUGAAACUCAACACGGGUUUAUUCAUCAACAACGAAUUCGUUGCUGGUGCCAAUACCAUUGACACCAUUAACCCCGCCACCGGUGAAGUGAUCGCCGCGGUACAGGCUGCCGAGGCCAAGCAGGUCGAUGAUGCUGUCAACGCGGCCGAAAAGGCUUACCACGAUGUCUGGAGCAAGACCAACGGCAAGGAAAGAUGCCGUUUGAUGAACAAGUUGGCCGAUCUCAUUGAUCGUGACAAUGAAGAAUUGGCUCAGAUCGAAUCUCUUGACAAUGGCAAAGGUAUUUCCUUCUCUCGUGGUUUUGAUGCCAAGCAAAUCGCCAUCACGCUUCGCUACUUUGCCGGCUGGGCCGACAAGAUCCACGGAAAGAUUAUUGAAAUCGAUGGUGCUUUGUCUUACACCCGUCACGAACCCUUGGGUGUCUGUGGUGCUAUUAUUCCCUGGAAUUUCCCCCUCAUGAUGCUUGGCUGGAAAUUGGGUCCCGCUCUCUGCACAGGCAAUGUCGUCGUUGUCAAGACCUCGGAACUCACUCCCUUGUCCGCACUCAAGGUUGCUGAACUUGUCAAGGAAGCUGGUUUUCCUCCUGGUGUCAUCAACAUCAUCACUGGUUACGGUGCUAUUGCCGGUGAUGCUCUCGCUCGCCACAUGAAGGUCAGCAAGUUGGCCUUCACCGGUAGCACCGCGGUGGGUCGCAUGAUCAUGAAAGCUUCGUCAGAAUCCAACCUCAAGAAGGUGACCCUCGAACUUGGUGGAAAGUCUCCCAACAUCAUCUUUGAUGAUGCCGAUCUGGACCAGGCUGUGGCUUGGGCUCACAAGGGUAUCUUCUUCAACCACGGUCAGUGCUGCUGUGCCGGUUCCCGUGUGUAUGUCCAAGAGAGCAUCUACGAAGAGUUCCUUGAAAAGUUCAAGGCUUACACCAGCAAGACCAAGUUAGGCGAUCCCCACGACGAUGCCACCUACCAGGGUCCCCAAGUCUCCCAGGUGCAGUAUGACCGUAUCAUGGGCUACAUUGAAGCCGGCAAGAAGGAAGGCGCUACCUGCGUUCUCGGUGGCAAGCGAUGGGGUGACAAGGGUUACUUCAUUGAACCUACCAUCUUCACCGAUGUUACUGAGAAGAUGACCAUCAUGCAAGAAGAAAUCUUUGGCCCUGUGGUCGCUAUCUGCAAGUUCAAAGAUGUCGAUGAUGCCAUCGAGAAGGCUCACGAUACCACCUAUGGUUUGGCCGCCGCCGUGUUCACCAAGGACAUUGCUCGCGCCGUCGAUGUUUCCAACCGUCUUCAGGCCGGUACCGUCUGGGUCAACUGCUACAAUGAACUUGAUUAUCAGACUCCCUUCGGUGGUUACAAGCAGUCAGGUAUUGGCCGUGAAAACGGUGAAUAUGCUUUGGACAACUACAUCCAAGUCAAGACCGUCAAGAUCAAUGUCAACCGUCAAGCCUACUAAACCUCACAUCCGUUUGUUCUCCCUUUCUUUUGUACCAUUUGUCUAUCCCCUAUUCCUGUGAUGUGACCUUUUUUUGAUGAAAAUAAAAAUCGUGUAAAGAGACAGCUCUACUCCAUC